AUGUUGCAGCAACAAGCCAUGCCUCACCACUUCAUGGCGGCCCAUGAAAAGUCUUAUCUUCGGAGGGCAUCAAUGACAGGCUUUGCGCAACCAUCCGCACGAACGCCGUACCUCUUCCAGCAGGUGCAGCCUAGACAGGGCCCAGCUCUUCAGGCCAAACGCGACAAAAUGUCCAGCACUAAAGGUUCACAUACUCGUCACUUUUGUGUGUACAUGCCGUCGUGCCUUGGCGGUUGGUCGCGUGUGCACUUGCGACUGCCGGCCUGUCAACUGUGCCCUCUGCACAACGAGCCCGCAGGCUGGAAUGUUCUAUUCACCGAAAUACCGAUGACACCAUCCCACUUGUCGACGAGACGGACCGCCACAGCCGAAGAUGAUGGCAUUCGGGGCAAGUGGGACAGUGACGGCUACCCACGCCUUCUCAUUACGACUGCCACUGCACUCUUUUUCAAGUCGGCCAAUGAAAUCAUGCCACUGCACAAAGUCCAAAUUUCCACCAAUCAGAUUGGGGCCUCUUGA